AUGAAGGUGGCUCUGGAUUCGAAUCUUGAAAGAGGCAAAUCUCCGACCGCCAAAGCGACGGUCACCGUCCCUGCCGGAGACGUCAAGCUUCGAGCAACAGUUACAGAUGCCUCUAUCUUAAGCAAAGGUCCCUGUUUAGAAGGAGUGGUUCUGGCUCUCGAGAAACCUGACGCCUUUGUCGUUGACUACCAUGUUCUGAAACGGGAUUGUCAUUUCAAGUUCAUGAACACAAUUAGUGUUUUAGAGAAGCCAUUGAAACUUACAUACGGACAUGAAUGGUGCAAAAAAGGCACAGAUUUACAAGGAACAUUGGAAUUGGAUGAAGAUAAUAAGGUUUCCGCAGAUUGCACGCUGGGCUCCAAAAAUAACAAUAAGUACAAGUUGAAGUACACUUACAAUCACAAGGGACUCACCAAAGUGAGCUCUUCAUACGAAGUGAUUAGCGAUUCUUGGGAUCUUGCAGUUUCUCAGAAACUUCUUGAUAUUCACACGCUUGAAGCAUCCUACAAGGCAUCAGACAACAAUCUGGGCCUUGGGUGGGCGCUUGCUUCAAAGCACAACGGUACUUUCAAGACUUCGUACCACACAUCGAGCAAGAUCCUUGGGUUGAAAUGGUUGCUGGCUUCAAAGCCCCAUGGAAGUUUCGAGAUCAAUGCAUCUUUAAACUUGGGGGAGAAAUCGAGAGUUCCCAAUGUUAGUGCCAAAACCACUUUCCAUUUGGAGAUAUAGAGCUCAUUUGGAUUGAUGGUAUAAAAAAUAACUUAUUUUUAAUCUGAUUUUUAAAAAAGUAAGAUUGAGUAAAAGUUAG